CUUGUGAGAGUCCGACAAGAACGCACAAAACAAAAGACCCCUGCGAUAGGACUCCGUCUGGAUUCUGGAACAGCCCGGACGUCGGUGUCUGUGAAUUUGGCGACGGUUGACGGAGACCCAAGAAAGAAUUGGUGGCGGAGACGCCGGUGCUUCAUAUGUUAUGGGCGAGAUUACUGAGGAGGAAGAGCUGAUACCCAUUUCGAAUAACAGCAGCAUCGUCAAUGGCGACGAGGAGUUUGAGAAGAAGAAGAAGAAGGUGGAGAUCGUUGUGAGAACCAUCGGCCCAGCUCCCCCUUCUCGUCUCCAAGUCCCCUCAUCAAUCACAGUGCAUGAUUUGAGAAAAUUGAUAGCUGAGAAUGGCCACUUACCAAUUGAGAGGCUGAGGCUUAUUUUGCGAGGCAAUGUAUUGCAUGAUAGCAAAAGUGCACAAGAUGUGUACCUACAACUCAAUGACGGUGAUUCCCUAAUUGUUGCUGUCAAACCAAAGCCUCCAGUUAAACAUCUUAGGGAUGGAUUUGAUGAUGACGAUGAUGAUGAAGAUCUGAAGUUUCAGCUUCCGCUGUCUUCAAGCCCAUGGAAGAGGGCAUUGUACAGUUUUCUACAUGAUAAGAUGAAGCUCCCUGAUAUCCUUUUGAUGGCAAUUUUCUCUCUCAGUCUGAAGAUGUGGGUAAUUAUCAUUAUGUGGUUUAUUUUCGCACCUGUUGCCCACAGAUGGGACAUUGGCCCUUUAUAUAUACUUGCCACAGGUUUUGUUGUCAUCCUCGUGAAUCUUGGAAAGCGGCAACCUGGCGAUGUCAGUGCGUAUUCUAUUUUCAAUGAAGAUUUUAGAGAGCUUCCCGGGACUCUUAAUGCCGAACGUCUUGAUGGGGACAUACGAACAGGUCAGUUGUGAGCCUGGUACUGGCAAGUUUACAUCCAUUCUAUGACGAUAAUGGUAUGUGUAUCAGCAGAACUGCGUUGAAGUUUUUCAUAGUAAUACAACAAAUGUGCACAGAUUUUCUUUCCAAGCUUAUGUAUAGCAUUGUCCAGAGAUACGCUUUCAUGACGAAAGAGGUUUUAUUUCGAUAGCAUUAGUUUGUAAUUGUAUAGACCUGUCUUUCGGAAUUAUGCUUUCUAAAGUUUGGAGCGAUCGAUCCAAAGAACGUCAUUAGGGUUCCAGAGUCAGCUUAUGAUUUUGUACGUCUGUGUUGGUAACGAUAUUGAUUGUGGCUGUGGCACAAAGCCUUCUGUAGUAUC